AUGGAUCAGCUCUCACUGGUGGCAGACCAUUGCGCAGCUUUUGGCCACGCCUUCGCCUUCCAAGACGCCGAAGUCUUGGGCCAAGGGAGCGAUCAAACGUUCAGGGAGACACUCGAAGCCUGGCACACCACAACUACCUCAAUCAACCGAUGCGUAACUCUGCCGGCUGCCUACCAAGCCCUACGGGUGAAGUUCACUAGGCAGGGCUACCGACGAGUCGUCAGGCCAGAGACGGCAGUAAUCAAACCCGGACCAAGCGGGAACGAGGACGGGCAUAGACAGGCAUCGGGAACGGACGAAACCGGAGUACAACCGGCGGCGAACGCAAACCCAGGAGACCGCCUUCUGUGUCCGAACGCAGACAGACGCCAGCACUCGAUGAGAACGCCCGACAGUGACAAAACCCCCCAGCCCGACGUCAACCCUGGCAUGACAACCACCGUCAACACGGCUACGGGCAGGUGUGAACGGGACAGCGAGACGAGAUCCCACGACAGCAACAGGACCCCGCGGCCCGACGUCAACAGUGGCGUGACAACCACCGUCCACGCGGAUACGGGCAGGUGCGAACGGGGCAGGAAGACGAGAUGCGUCGAGGGCGGACAACGGACAAUACAAACAAGAGCAAUGGCCGCGGUCACCCCGGCGCCGCCCCCCUCCCCACACCCGACAAAGGAUGAGGAGGAACCGAUGCCGCCAUGA